GCGGCGGGGUGGGGGGGCGCGGGGCAGCGCAGGUUCCCGUCUGCGCUGGCUGCGGCCUUCACUGAGCGGGGGGGGCGGCCCCGGCCCGGCCCCGCAGGACGAUGGACCCGGCCGAGGCCGUCCUGCAGGAGAAGGCGCUCAAGUUCAUGCCCCGAAUACACAUGCCAAAAGAUGGAUUUCAACUUAUAUCUUCUGGAUACCAAGCAUGGCUAAAGCAGUGCUCUAUGCCCAGAUCUCUGUGGCUGGGCUGCUCCAGCCUGGCGGACAGCAUGCCCUCGCUGCGAUGCCUGUAUAACCCAGGGACUGGCGCACUCCCAGCUUUCCAGAAUUCCUCUGAGAGAGAAGACUGUAAUAAUGAUGAGCCCCCUAGGAAGAUCAUUCCUGAGAAGAAUUCACUUAGACAGACCUACAACAGCUGUGCCAGACUGUGCUUAAACCAGGAAACAGUAUGUCUAGGAAGCACUGCUAUGAAGACUGAAAAUUGUGUGGCCAAAACAAAACUUGCCAAUGGCACUUCCAGUAUGAUUGUGCCCAAGCAAAGGAAACUGUCAGCAAGCUAUGAGAAGGAGAAGGAGCUCUGCGUCAAGUACUUUGAGCAGUGGUCUGAGUCUGACCAGGUGGAGUUUGUGGAGCACCUCAUCUCCCAGAUGUGUCAUUACCAGCACGGGCACAUAAACUCAUACCUCAAACCCAUGUUACAGCGGGACUUCAUCACUGCACUGCCAGCUCGGGGAUUGGAUCACAUUGCUGAGAACAUUCUGUCAUACCUGGAUGCCAAAUCUUUGUGUGCUGCUGAGCUGGUGUGCAAGGAGUGGUACCGGGUGACGUCAGACGGGAUGCUGUGGAAGAAGCUCAUUGAGAGAAUGGUCAGGACAGACUCACUGUGGAGGGGUUUGUCAGAGAGGAGAGGAUGGGGGCAAUAUCUAUUUAAAAAUAAACCUCCUGAUGGAACUGCACCACCUAACUCCUUCUACAGAGCACUUUACCCCAAAAUUAUACAGGAUAUAGAGACAAUAGAGUCGAACUGGCGGUGUGGAAGGCACAGUUUACAGAGGAUCCACUGCCGGAGCGAGACAAGCAAGGGGGUUUAUUGUUUACAGUACGAUGAUCAGAAGAUCGUGAGCGGCCUACGAGACAAUACUAUUAAGAUCUGGGAUAAGAAUACAUUGGAAUGCAAACGAAUUCUCACCGGACACACGGGUUCUGUCUUGUGCCUCCAGUAUGAUGAACGGGUGAUCAUUACUGGAUCUUCAGACUCAACAGUCAGAGUGUGGGACGUGAAUGCAGGCGAGAUGCUGAAUACGCUGAUCCACCACUGCGAGGCCGUGCUGCACCUGCGCUUCAACAACGGCAUGAUGGUGACGUGCUCCAAGGACCGCUCCAUCGCCGUGUGGGACAUGGCCUCCCCGACAGACAUCACCCUCAGGAGGGUGCUCGUGGGGCACCGAGCCGCUGUCAACGUGGUGGACUUUGAUGACAAGUACAUUGUAUCGGCAUCAGGUGACAGAACUAUAAAGGUAUGGAACACUAGUACCUGCGAAUUUGUGCGCACCUUAAAUGGCCACAAACGAGGCAUUGCAUGUCUGCAGUACAGAGACAGGCUAGUAGUGAGCGGCUCUUCAGAUAAUACCAUCAGGCUGUGGGAUAUUGAGUGUGGGGCAUGUUUACGAGUACUGGAAGGCCAUGAAGAGUUGGUGAGAUGCAUACGCUUCGAUAACAAGAGGAUAGUCAGUGGGGCAUACGAUGGGAAAAUUAAAGUGUGGGAUCUUGUGGCUGCUUUGGAUCCCCGUGCUCCAGCAGGGACCCUCUGCUUGCGAACCCUUGUGGAGCAUUCUGGAAGAGUCUUUCGACUUCAGUUUGAUGAGUUCCAGAUCGUCAGCAGCUCACAUGAUGACACCAUCCUCAUCUGGGAUUUUCUGAAUGACCCAGCUGCCCAGGCAGAAUCCACUCGUUCCCCGUCCAGAACAUACACCUACAUCUCCAGAUAAAUAACACUACACUGUACCUCACACUCGCACAGGACUCAUUUAAGCUGCAGUAUUUAAAUGCCAGGACAAAAGAACUAUCCACGUAACCAAUACUUGCUGAAGAGAGAGGCUCUCAGACUUGUUUCUGGAACAAAGUUGGCAUGCGGUUGAUCUCAGAAAGGGUCUACUCAGCGCGGCUGACUGCUAAAGUGCUGCUAUAUCAGAAGAUGACUUUUAUCUUUCAUGAACAGUUAACAUUUUUAAACCUUCCUAUCCCUUUCUUCCCCCAUUCCCUUCUUCAUGUUCACUCUUCCCUUUACCCCAUUUCCCCUCCAAGCCCAGUCACCAAUGUUCUAUGAAUAUAUUUAAGAUGUCGCCAGAAUGUGUUGCUUUGCUGUUAAGCAGAAGACUUACAGCCACAGUGCAUCCUGCUGAGAGUCACUUCAG